AUGAAUGAUAAUAUCACAUACGUGCAACAAUUCGAUCAUCGACAGCCGCCUUACAGUCAGGGGAACAUCAUACAAUAUGAGACCCAAGCGAUUGAAUUCCAUCCGACCUCUGUGGCUCAAUAUACUCCGUCAUCUGGGCAAUACCAUAACAGUAAUACCACUUUUAUCACGAGCAACGGACAGGUAAAAGUUAAUGGUACUUUUUAAUACAUCCCUUUGCAGGAACUGCAAAUCCCCCAAAACAGUCAGAUCCAAGUGGUGCAGAUCCCGAGCUCGGGGGUACAGUCCUCUCAACCUCAGCAUAUUCUAAUUACCACUCAGCCAGUAGGCAGUGCUCCCACUCCAGAUCAGGAUGACAGUCGCAGAGUUGCCUUUGCCGAGUAUUUUGUAGAACAGCCAGCUACUAUCAUCAGCACUGCGCCUUAUCAAGGAGCAAUCCAAGGGCAAUUGGUAACAACUCCGGGAAAUAGGUAAGAUUAUUCGAAUAUAAUACAAUUUAUUGUGGCGUUUUCAGAUACCAGAAGAGCAGUUCUAAGCCAGUGGUCAUCGAAUCGCCAGAUAAAAUAGAAAAAGAAGCUGCUAAACGGAAAAAACAAGCCGAAGCUGCCCGACUCCGUUACCAUCGACUCAGCGCAGAAGACAAGAAGGCAUUGAAUUUAAAGAGAACACUGGCCCAGAAAAGAAAACGUCAGCGGGAACGAGAGUUGGCGGAAUUAGAAUCUAUUCUUCGAGCUUCCAAUGAUAUUGUAGACGACCCGGAAGUUAUUGAACAGUUAAGAGAAAAGAGGAUGAGGGCCAGAUGGGCCGAAGCUGCCAGAAGUCGAUAUCAACGAAUGACGUCAGAGGAAAGAAAGGCGCAUAAUCAGAAAAGAAGAAUGCGGCAAAUAACUCUGAAAAACGAAAAAGGAGAACUGAUUAAAGAUGAAGAUGCAAUCAGAGAAAAAGUGAAGGAGCGUAAUGCCAAGAAAGCUGAAGCUGCCCGUCUUCGCUACCAUCGCAUGAAUCCAGAUGAGAAGAAGUUAUAUAACCAGCGAAGAACAGAAGCAUUCAGGAAACGGCGAAUGGAAGAAGAGCAACUUCUAGCCAUGCCAAUUGGCCGAAUCAACGGGGAAGCCUUGGAUCGGGCGCAACAAAUUGUGGUCAGAAAUGCGAAACGGGCAGAAGCCGCGAGAUUAAGAUACCAACGGAUGACUCCGGAGCAAAGAAAGGCCUACAAUCAGAAGAGAUAUACCCCUAAGAGAAAACGACAGAUGGAUACCAGCGGUCAGCUUAUGGGCCAUAUUGAUGAAGGAAGCCCUCAACAGAAGAAGGAAGAAGAAUAUGACGCGCUUUCGUCUUUAGAGCGGGAUGUGUUAAAAAGAACUCAACAGGCACAGCAAGUAAGUUUCGUUCUUAUGAUACCGGUAUAAUCGUUAAUAUAAAUUUAACAAAAUAUUUUCAGGUAUUGCUGAGACAAAGACAAGGACAGUAUCCUCCGGGUACCACCAUACUUCAAACCCUCCCUCCUGGCGCCACUGUCACCCAAGUCCCUGUCACGAUGUCAGGGAACGGCCAAACAGUAGGUGCCCAUAUAAUCCAACAACAAACUCAACCUCCAAAUGGCCCCGGUCAUCAACACGUGACGUAUUAUCAGUGA